AAAUCAUUCACUGUCGUAUAAGAGUUUUCUACGUUUUUCGGUCACUUUUAUCUGACUAGUUAUUACAACCGCCAUUUACGCAGUCGUCUGUGUUGCUACGUAAACCCAAAGCACAGCUAUCCCUGCCCAAUUCUUACUUUAAAAAAUUACAAGAAACCUCUUGCAUUUUUACAAUGUUAGGGAAGAUGCUGAAUCCGAAAUGUUGGCUACAAUGGAUGGGCCCGCACGCUGUGAAAGUACAUUCGUGACACUUUAUUAGAGGUAACAGAUAAUACUCGAUACCUCUCAAUGAUGGUACUGUCGUCACUUCCACUAUCGAUAACUUUAUGUAUUCGAGGUUUUGUUGGUAAACGAUGCACGGUGUCAACAUUGCCGCGGUAAUCAUGCGCUGAUGGGACACGUUGAUUGUAGAGGUAGUCAGUGUAGCGUGUGAACAGCGGUCUCGAAAUAGUGUUACAAUGAUAGGAGACAGAUGCUAACCAUUCGCUGAUAAAGUAAUUUCAAGAAUAUACCCAGACGAAAUGUUUUGGUAUAUAUUUUUAUUAGUAUCCAGUGUAAAACUUUUGCUUAUCCCAACAUACCGUUCAACAGAUUUUGAAGUUCAUCGUAAUUGGCUCGCCGUAACUCAUAGCCUACCGAUCAAGGAGUGGUACAAUGACACAACUUCAGAGUGGACGCUUGAUUACCCACCCUUCUUCGCCUGGUUUGAGUACAUUCUGUCGCACAUUGCACAAUUCUUUGAUCCUGAAAUGCUAAAAGUUACGAACCUCAAUUAUGCAUCCUACUCUACAGUUUUAUUCCAAAGACUGUCUGUAAUUGUAGCAGACCUCAUGCUAGCCUUUGGUACAAAAGAGUGUUGCCAGUAUUUGAGUGCAAGUGGAGUUAGAAAAAGCAGUAAAUGGAAAUCUCGUUGGAAGUCUCCAGCUACAGUCCUGCAAAUCCUGCUUCUGUGCAAUGCUGGCCUUCUGUUGGUUGACCACAUACACUUCCAAUACAAUGGCAUGUUGUUUGGUGUCUUGCUCAUGUCAAUUGCAAGAAUGUUACAGGGUUGCACUAUGGAAUCUGCAGUCUGGUUCUGUAUCCUUCUCAAUUUGAAGCAUAUUUUUGCAUAUGUAGCACCAGCAUAUUUUAUAUAUUUGCUUCGCAAUUACUGUUUUGAUUCAACUCAACCAGUGACUUGGAGCAGAUUCUCUAUGACAAAAUUUUGUCAACUUUCAGUGGUGGUUGCAAGCAUUUUUAUGAUCUCAUUUGGACCGUUCAUAGUGUUGGGUCAGUUUGCACAGGUCAUGUCACGCCUAUUCCCUUUUAAACGAGGUUUGUGUCAUGCAUAUUGGGCACCGAAUUUUUGGGCUCUCUACAAUGUAGCUGACAAGGGAGCAGCCUUUGUUGGCAGGAAAUUAGGAAUGAAUUUGCAACAUAGCUCCGCUGUGAUGACAGGUGGACUUGUGCAAGAAUUUGAGCACACUAUACUGCCUUCUGUCUCUCCGAAAAUGACUUUCAUGUUAACUCUGGUGUCUAUACUGCCAGCAAUUAUGAAGCUGUGGUAUUCACCUGGGAACCCACUUCAUUUUGUGCGCUGUGUUAUCUUGUGUGCUGGGGCCUCCUUCAUUUUUGGAUGGCACGUUCAUGAGAAAGCUAUUCUCAUGGUAAUAAUACCCUUAAGCUUGAUGGCUGUGGUAUGGAAGAAGGAAGCCCAGGCAUAUCUUCUGCUGGCUGUUGCUGGUCAUUACUCUCUUUUUCCAUUGAUCUUCACUGCAGCCGAGUUGCCAAUCAAGAUACUACUGCUGCUUAUGCAUUCAGUGUAUUCUUUCUUUAGCCUGUCAGGCUUGUUUGACGUACAGGGCAUGGAACGCACUUGGGCAUUACCACUAAUGUCCAAGGCUGAGUCAGUCUACCUCCUGGGUUUGUUUCCACUGUUUAUAUUUGAGACUGUUGUGCACUCACUGCUGAAUCUGAAGACAUCUCUCCCCUUCCUACCUCUUCUCCUGACUUCAGUUUACUGUUCCAUUGGUAUUAUUUAUGCAUGGCUGAAAUAUUACCAACAUUUCUUAUCCACUAAUGAAGUCAAUCACAAACGAAAAGCACACUGACAGUGACUGUAAGUAUAAAAUAAAUAAAGCGCUAUCUGCUUGAAUGUAUAUAUGCUCAAGUAAAAAUUGUCAGUGAGGAAAAUCUCAAAGCGAUAAAUAUUGUGUUCAUUUUUAUCGUUUCAUAUCUCAUUUUCAGUUUAUAGUUCACCCCACUACUAAAUAACAUUAAAGCAUUCCUGAUGACAGCAUGGUGUGUAAGUUGAAGUGUUUACUUGACCUGGAUACAACAGAAAAUGUAGCAUGCAUCUUGUCAUAACCAUUUAAUGCCUUUAAUACCUUCAAGUGAAGCACAAGCCAUAGCUUAUCACAUAUAAUAGUAGUGCAGAACUAACGCUCUUUUACGUUCUGGUCAGCAGUCGAAGCUUGCAUUAAACUGUUCUUUAUUUG